AUGGCAUCGAUGAACUCUAAUGUGUUGGCAUACAACUAUGCAGUCUCCGGUGCCGGAAGAUCUGAACUUGCAAAAGCAAAAACGACUUGCAUGCUUUCAGUUGAAUCAGCUGCUCAGACCAAAAUAGUAGCAAUCAGGGCCCAACAGCCUAGCACACAAAAUAGUCAAGCAGCUGUUGGAAGAAGGUUGCGCUGUCCUCCCUGGCGGCCGUUGCUUUCACCGCUAUUUCAUCCAACUCCGCUGCCAAUGCCGGUGUCAUUAAUGAUUACCUCGAAAAAAAGCAAAGCCAACAAGCCUCUUCCUUUGAAGAACAUCCCCGGAGACUACGGCCUCUCAUUCGUGGGCCCCAUCAGUGACCGCCUAGACUACUUCGACAACCAGGGCAGGGAUGAGUUCUUCAAGUCCCGCGUCCAGAAAUAA